AUGUUUACUCCCACAAGGACUCUUUUAUCCGCCGUUUUCGCCACUUCGACUCUUUGGGCGGCGUCGCGGUCAACUCGUGUGGAAAAGAAAAACAAGAAGGCCCCAGAACUGACAUCCGCACGUGAUGGUGGGGCCACGGCUGUGGCGAAGCCGCAUGUGGACGUCUUCACAACGAUGAAGGAUUCUCUUGAUAAUAUUUUGGGUGGAGCUGCUGUGCCUCGUGACGCUGGGCCGGUGGCAGACUGCAGGGCACAUGAAGAAGAGACAGCUCCGCCCACAGAAGCAGAGACGUUCCCGAAGAACGAGGAGACGAACAUCGAGGAGGAAAAAGUAGCCGCAAAACAUGAAAUGCCCUCCUACUACAAGCCGAUGAACACGCACGAGCAAAUUUACGAUGCCGAGGUGGCCCAACGGCUGUGCGUCGCGGCUGCCUCACGACAUUUUCGCUCCCCAGUGUGGUCAACAAGGACGGCCUUUGCGCGAUUCGGCUACACCGUGAAGGAUGGCGAAGAAGGGGUGGAUGUCUCGACCAUGAUGCAAACCGUCACAUUGUACAACCUCGAACAGACAAGUGCCCCGGAUGCGUCAGUUUCCGAUUCCCUGAAAUGCAGCGGGAAAACACUGCCGGAAUGGCGUAACAUGCCACUGAGUGCCGCAGGGCGCCCGCAUUCACGGCAUGUUCAACGCACGCUUCAAGAACAUCCCUCGUAUGCGCAGUACACGUCACCCUACUGGAUCACUGAGGAGGAGGCGGUUAUUCUUGGCACGGCGGUGCGGCCCUCACAGAGAGGGUGUGGGAUUCUCAUAAAAAGACCUUCAGCUGCAGCCCGACUGCCGGUCUCGGGUGAAAAAGAAAGUCGUCCAGUGUCUCAGGAGUCCACUUCUCGGUCGGACGAGGAUUUUUUCAUGUUGUACAACGCCGCGCAGCUGGAGGCUCCUGAGUUGGUGACACGUGAGACAUGUCCCCCUCUUCUUUUUCUCAGCGUGGAUGGUCAUCGGUACAAUGUUGUCCUCAGCUUGUACAUGCGGAAGUACUGCCAAAAGUAUAACUUAAAUAUGCAACCAAUGGUCGUCUUCAUUACAACCUCGCGACUCCGUAGUCUUGGCGGGGAUCUGCGUCCCAUGGAGAAUGAUGUGCCGCCCUUCACAUGUGUCAUGAAUGACGAGAUUGUUUCAUUUCAUCACAGUGAACACACCACAAUAUCAGAGAAGUUGUUGCAAAAGGCAACGGCUCUUCGGCGCGAACGAUUUGAUCGUGCCCCGGCGUCUAAUGUAUAA